UGUGCCAGCGAAUGGGCAGCACUUUUGUGAUUCAGUGUGUUUGUUGUUGAUGCGUAGCAAAGCAACUAAAUUUGAUUUUCUUACAGCUAUCCGUGUGUAGUGAAUGCUUUAGCAUAUUUCCUUUCGCCUGCAGCGCGUGAAGUCACAAAAAAGGUUUUAAAAUGAAUUACGGCCGUAAAACGCCCUCAACCUACCGAUCGAAUCCCUCGAUGUACUCCCAUGCGACGGGCAGAUCCUCUACAAACCUACAUUCGAAAAUGUCGCGUUCCACGCGAAGCGUACGCAUACCCUGGUACCAGAGGCCCCUCCUGAAGAACAAUCAGUACAUUGACAUACAGAAAGGUGCGAUGCUUAUAGGCCUAUUUGCUGUAUUUCUCUCACUCUUUACCAUUGGCACUACCAUCUUUGAUAUCUAUUGUUAUGCCAUGGCUGCUCCAGGAUCCACCCAUUAUGGCUACUACAUCAUAUCGUACGAGUUUGUGUAUGUUGGGAACAAGCACGUACGCAACAUGCUAAUUGUAUUUGCUUUAUUCUCGCUUAUUAUGGCGCUCAUCAACUUUGUCACCAGCAUCUUACUGUGCGUCGCCUUGCGUAAGGAAUACGAAAGAAAGGUGCUGCCCUGGCUGUGGACCUUUGCCAUCUUCACCGUUUGGCGCGCUUUGGCUCUAAUAUUUUUUGCCAUUGUUAAUGAUUUGUACUUUGCCUACAAUAUCAUAAUGGUACUGCUUUGGAGCAUCUUUUGUCUGGUUUCCAUCUAUGGCUGGGCCGUUGUGUAUUCGCUGUUUCUAGAACUAGUGGAUCUUACAAAGCUGGAAGAUCUGGCGCACUUACGUAUGGGCACCAUGGCCUCGCUGCACGCAUCCACAGCCAAUUCUCUGGCUGGCUCGCGUCCUACAACCCCCCACAGUACUGUGUCUACAAUGCCAGUGGGCUAGACAAAGUGCUACUAGCAUUCCAAGCACAACAAUACCGUCCGGCGGAGUGUUACACAAGGCCAACGUUCCACACUCACCAGUUUAGUGCCUUAAAUGUGUUUAAACAAUGUCUAGUACAUAUCAAAAACGAAUUGCAAGUGCAAACUUUUUUACUGAAUGCAUAGUAUUUAUAAUUAAGUCUCAUUCCGUCCAUUUACAUACAUAUAUGUAUAUGUAAUUAUGUUUAUUUAAACAAUCUUGUUGUUAAUGAGAUCUAUCGAAAUAUGUGUUUAGAUGUCAUAUUUGUAUACACAGCAAUCGUCAUUUAUAACAAUAAUGAAUUGAAUGCGAAUUAAUAUGCUGCAAUCAUACAAUUUUUAUACGCAUUUUGGAUAAUUUCUACAUUUUUCUGCCAAUUUAAUCGCCUGUUUAAAGGAAACAAUUAAAAAAUAUGUUUAUCUUUAGUUACUUGUGUAAUCAAAAAUGUUUCAAUUAUCAUCUAUGUGCAUAAAUGUGUUUUUCCUGACUCGGCUUUGUCAUUAACGACUUAUCAUAAUUCAAUUUUCCACAACGGGAAAUGUUUGGAUGCUUUUUGAUAAAGGUGUAAAAUAUUUCGAAAAUUGUUGAGCUUUUAAAUCGGAAAUAAGUUUUACAAGUUUGUCCCCUGAAUUUACUUAGAAAACAAAUUAAGGUGCUGUACUCGGGUGCACCCGACUAGGGUUUAUCCUGAACCUUCUGCAAAAACCAGAUGCUCAAGCAUUACACUUUUUUCUAAAAAUGUCUUAAAAUUUUUUUUAUUUCUUAUUGGAAAAAAAUAACUGUACUAACACAUCACACAGCACAGCACAA